GCCUCUGUAUCAGAUGUUAAGUCUCACACUCUUCUGUUCAUAAUAUUUCGUCUCUAAAAUGCCUGAAGGUUCACAUCUCGUGCCCGUUCGCUUCUGAUCCGCCGCUUUGAUCUCUGUGGUUUCGUCUCCUCCUCGCUGAUGGAUCUCCGCGUCUUCGCGCUGCACCUGAGGAUGCUGAGGAUGUGGCAGCUCGGUUUGCUCGCCCUCACCGCGCUGUGGAGCACCGCUUCGGCCGUGACGCGCUACUCCAUCCCGGAGGAGAUCGCGGAGGGCUCCGUGGUGGCGAAUUUGGCCGCGGAUCUGGGGCUGGAGGCUCGGGCUCUGGCAGAGCGCAAGGUAAAGCUGGACUACAUCCUCAGCAAGAAGUAUCUGGACGUGAACAAAGAGACUGGCGAGCUGUUUAUAGCCGAGAAGAUCGACAGGGAGUAUCUGUGUCCGGCCAAAACGUCGUCGUCCUGCUUUCUGAAAAUGGACGUGAUUAUCGAGAAUCCCAUACGCAUCUUUAACAUUGAGCUGGAAAUCAUGGACAUCAAUGAUAAUGCCCCGCAGUUCAGGAGGGAGAGAAUAACGCUGGACAUCUCAGAAGCAGCGACGCCUGGGGAGAGGUUUUCGCUCACCAAUGCAGUAGAUGCUGAUGUUGGGGAGAACUCCAUUGAGACCUACUACCUGAGUGACAGCGACGAGUUCACUAUUGACAUCCAGUCUGGCAGCGAUGGCACCAAAUAUGUAGACCUGGUGCUGAAAGAUAGUCUAGAUAGAGAGAAGAAAGCUGUGCACAAUCUCAUCCUCACGGCUGUGGAUGGAGGCACGCCCCCGCGCUCAGGUACAACCAGCGUCAUAGUUCAGGUGUUGGACACCAAUGACAACGCCCCCCAGUUUGACAAGCAGGUGUAUUCAGUGGAGCUGAUUGAAAAUGCAUCUGUUGGGACGCUACUUCUACAGCUCAACGCCACAGACUUGGAUGAAGGAACGAACGCAGAGGUGGAGUAUUCCUACACCUUGUACACUUCGGAGAAAACCCAGGAAAAGUUCUCGCUGGACCCCAACACUGGAGAGAUAAGGGUAAGAGACGUGAUUGACUUUGAGGAGGUCAAAAGUUUUGACAUUUAUGUAGAGGCCAGAGACAAAGGGGCGAACUCUCUGUCUGAUCAGUGCAAGAUAUUAGUGUUGAUUACCGAUAUUAAUGACAAUUACCCUGAUAUCACCAUUAAAUCUUUCAAAAGCUUGAUCAGAGAAGAUGUAGCGGUGGGUACGGUGAUAGCUGUGGUCAGUGUGAGCGACAGGGACUCGGGAAAGAAUGGUGAAGUGCUCCUGUCCAUACGAAAUGCACCAUUGUUGCCUUUUGCUUUGAACAAGUCAGCAGAGGAAUACUUUCAGCUGAUGGUUCGAGAGCCUUUAGACCGAGAAAAAGUGUCCAGGUAUGACAUUACCCUUCACGUUACAGAUGAAGGAGCUCCACCAUUGACUGAUAAUGAGACCAUCACCUUGGAGGUCCUGGAUGUAAACGAUAAUGCACCAGUGUUUCCUCAGUCUUCCUACACCAUCCACCUGGUGGAAAACAAUGAGCCUGGGGCGUUAUUAUGUUCCCUCACUGCACGUGACCCAGACCUGAAUGAAAACCAGUAUCUGGUCUAUUUUAUCGUAGAAAAGGAGAUUGCUAACACAUCCGUAUCUGUGCUGUUCUCCAUCAACCCAGAGAAUGGUGAUCUUUACGCUUUGCGUACGUUCGACUAUGAGCAUGAGAAGGAAUUCCUCUUUCACGUCGAAGCAAGAGACUCUGGAGUCCCUCCGCUCAGCAGUAAUCUGACAGUUCGUGUUAUUAUCCUUGACCAGAAUGACAAUGCACCCCAGAUUGUAUCUCCAUGGCGCGCCAAGGGCUCCGUUAUUGAGGAAGUCGUCCCAAGGUCCACUGAUAAAGGCUCUCUGGUGGCCAAAGUGAUCGCACUUGAUGCAGAUUCAGCACAAAACUCUCGAAUCACCUACCAGUUCCUACAAGUCAUGGAUGCUACGCUCUUCACCUUGGAUAGCUACAAUGGCGAAAUCCGCACCGCCAGGAUGUUCACCUACAGAGACCCCAAGCAACAGCGGCUCAUUGUUAUUGCCAAGGACAAUGGAGACCCUCCUCACUCGGCCACUGUCACCAUCAAAGUCUCCACCGUGGAGCAGGAGGUCACACAAUUCACCGAGACCACUGAGGUGCCCAUAGAGUACGACCUGUUCAUAAAUUUGAACCUGUACUUGCUAAUCGGCCUGGGCUCGGUGUCAUUUUUGCUGCUGAUCACCAUUUUGGUCAUCAUUGUGCUGAAGUGCCAGAAAGGGACCACCAAAGCGACCCCUCAGGGCAGGAACAGCAUUGUCAGCCAGAGGAACUCCACCAUCGCUGACUCCACUCUCAUCUCCAGUGAUGCUUACUGGUACAGUCUGUUCUUGGCUGAGACCAGAAAGGGGAAGGUGGUGGUCCGACAGCCGUUACCGAAUGGCGCUGGCUUUUUCGUGUCCAGUAUACCUCGGAGCUCUGCGCUGACAGGGACUAGCGAAUCAAGGUCUUCCACUUUACAGGAAUCUAGCAGCGAUCUGCCUUGA